AUGGGACAGGUUCCUGCAAUGGCCAACAGGGAUCUGGCAGUCGUCGGUCUGAUCUUGUUAACACAGACUAUCGUUGGAAUCCUGGGCAAUUUCUCACUUCUCUCUCAUUAUAUCAUCCUUUCCUUCACUGAGCACAGGUGGAGAUCCACAGAUUUCAUUCAUAAGCACCUGAUUGUAGCCAACCUCUUAGCCCUGCUCUGUAAAGGAGUCCCCCGGACUAUGGCAGCAUUUGGGUGGAAACAUUUCCUCAAUGACCUGAGAUGCAAACUUCUUCUCUUUCUUCACAGAGUGGGGAGGGGGGUGUCCAUUGGUAGCAUCUGCAUCCUGAGUGUGUACCAGGCCAUCACCAUCAGCCCUGGGAACUCCAGGUGGGCAGAGCUUAAAGUUAAAGCUCCCAAGUAUAUUUUCCCCUCUAUUUUCCUGUGUUGGAUCCUGCAAAUGUUGGCAGAUAUCAUUUUUCCUGUGUAAUUAGCUAGCACACUGGACAAUAAGAACAUCACAGAAAAAAAGGAUUUUGUAUACUGUUCUUCAGUUUGUCAUGACAAAACAGGAGACUCACUGUAUGCAGUGUUGUUAUCAUUCCCUGAUGUCUUAUGUUUGGGGCUCAUGCUCUGGGCCAGCAGCUCCAUGGUUCUCCUUCUGUACAGGCACAAGCAGCAAGUCCAACAUAUUAGAAGAACCAACACCUCUUCCGGAUCCUCCCCAGAGGCCAGAGACCAAACCAUCCUUCUCCUGGUGAGCACCUUUGUCUAUUUUUACACCCUCUCUUCCAUCUUUCAAGCGGUUGUGGCUGUUUUUGAAAAUCCCAGCUGGAUCAUCAUGAACAUCACUGCAAUCAUGUCUAUGUGUUUCCCAACUGUCAGCCACUUUCUGCUCAUGAGCCAUGACUCCAGGGUACCCAGGCUGUGCUUUGCAUGGACAAGGAAUAUAAAAUCCCCUCAUCUGAGGCACCUGGUUCUGGCCGUGCCGUCUCUCCAGGCAGCCCCCGGCUGCUGCUGUAGGAGAACUGUGCCAUGGACCAAGGGGGAGCUGCACAGCAGGAACACCAGCCCCCUAGGCCCAGAAGACAACACACCUAGUCAAAGAGCAUAA